AACGUGCUAUUUGUUGCACGCAUUGUGACGUGUACGCACAGAACGUCAGAGGGUCUGUCGGGACUUCCCGGUGGAGGCUGUGGAGUAGCGGACCGGCUGCAGUGGACGCAGGUGGUGUAAGCGCUUGCACCGGGCAAGGUGGAGGUUCUAAAAGAAGGAAACACUUUGCAUGACAAAAUACUUCCCUUACAGCUGAUAUCAACUUGAAAAUGGCAGCUUCGCGAUCUGCAUUGUCUCUGCUGAUGUUUUUUAGUGGGGUGGGAUUAGGAUUUCUUGUCUGCUAUCUCCUGAUUAAUGUAAUAAAUAUAGAAGAACCACAGCAUAGGCAUUUACUCUUCAAUGACCCACAUGGACACUUAGAUGAUUCUGACCAACACCAACAUCAAAAUCUUCAAGGAGAGAUGAACUUUAAUGCUGACAUCAGUCAACAUAAAGAUGAAAACGGAAGCCUUGCUGAUGAUCUUUACAAGAGAGUGCGAAUCCUGUGCUGGGUGAUGACUGGGCCCCAGAAUCUGGAAAAAAAGACCAAACAUGUCAAAGCCACCUGGGCUAAAAAAUGCAACGUCGUGCUUUACAUGAGUUCUGAAGUAAACAAAGAUUUCCCUACAGUGGGACUGGAUGUUAAAGAAGGCAGAGAUCAGCUGUACUGGAAAACCAUCAAAGCUUUCCAAUAUGUUUUUGACCAUCAUUUGAAUGAAGCUGAUUGGUUCUUGAAAGCUGACGAUGACACAUACGUUAUUGUUGACAAUCUGCGUUGGCUAUUAUCAAAGUACUCUCCAGAUCAACCCAUAUUCUUUGGACGAAAAUUUAAGCCAUAUGUUAAGCAAGGAUAUAUGAGUGGUGGAGCUGGAUAUGUACUUAGCAGAGAAGCAGUGAAAAGAUUUGUUGAUGGCUUCAAGACUGGGAAAUGCACUCAUUUUACAUCCACAGAGGAUUUGGCAAUGGGGAGAUGUUUGGAGAGUGUUAAUGUAGAAGCUGGUGACUCGAGGGACACAAAUAAAAGGGACACCUUUCAUCCUUUUCCGCCUGAACAUCAUUUGACAACAAGUUAUCUCCCAAAAACAUUCUGGUACUGGAACUACUGUUUUUACCCUACUGAAGAGGGACCUGGAUGUUGUUCUGAUUUGGCAGUGUCGUUCCACUACAUCGAUUCUAAAACCAUGUAUUAUUUAGAAUACUUGACUUAUCAUCUACGUCCGUACGGCUACAAGUAUAGAUAUAAUCCAGACUCCGAAGCAAAGAAAUUGGAGUGACCGUAGAUUUCUGGAACUCUCUCGAGAUUUUGCAGGUGACAAAAUUGUCAAAAUUCGUGUGUUAGAAAUGAAGUGGCAUCAGAAAUUGUUUCGUGGAUUUGCUUUUGUGCAAGAUACACUGGACCGCAUAAGCCUUGCAAGCAACAGAAUUAAUUUUAUGUACAGUAAUGACAACAUGGAUGGAGAUUAUCAUAUAGGAACAUUAAUGGGGGGUUUUCUUUUACUACUGGUUUGAAAUAACUAAAUGAUUUGUAUCCUGAUAAAUAAUUUGUAGUUCCUUCAUGAAACUAUGGGACUACAACGUCUUGCCUCUUGAUGUUUAAAUACAGAUGAGAAUGGUCUGAUUUAUUUCUGGUUUGCUGGAUUCUUUCAGCAGCAACUUCGUGGGUUUUAUAUCUAGAUUCAAUGUUGCUUGAUAAAAAAUAAAAUAUUAAGUUGCUAUUUACAAUGCUGCUGGAGGACAUGCAUAUUGGGUAUAAACAUGAUUAGACUUUCCUAUAGGCCUUUUUGGAUGGAUUCAUACACUAAAUAGUACAUUUUUUACCCACAAAAAAUAAUAGAGCUGUAACAGUUACAGGAUGGCACCCCAAGCAGACUGUACAAUACAUAUUAGGAGAGCAAUUUGCUUUAAAGACCAUAAAAAGUAAUCUUUGCCAUUGCAUAUGUCCAAGGAGGAGAUCCAUGAUGUACAUAAAAAGAUUUGGUUUGAAAUUUAAGAUUAAUUAGGGGAAGUAAAUUAACUGUGGAAGCGUGUAAAUUGGGGAGAGCUCUGUGGCGAGUUGCCCAUUCACUGUCAUUCAUUUUUCACUAUUGGGCAAAGUCAAAACUCGCAUAGUUUUCCAUUCCAAACAAUAGGAUGUCAGAUUACCUGCGUUAUAUUAAUAUUCCUGUUUGACCUUCAUGACUACUAAAUCGCCAAAUGCAGUUUCCAUCCCCACCCUUUUCCACCCUCUGCAGUGACCACUCCCUCUGCAACUCACUCAUCCAUUCCACCCAAACCAUCGCUCCCCAAGUACUUUCCCCUUUACAAUAGAGAUAAUAACACCUGUCCCUAUACCUCUUCCUUCACCUCGAUCCAGGGACCCCAGUAGUCUUUCCAGGUGUGGCAGAGGUACAUGUGCACCUCCUCUAACCUUGUCUUCUAUGUCCAGUUUUCCCGAUGUGGCCUCCUGUACAUACCAAGCGUAGAUUCGGUGACCAUUUUGCCAAACAUUUGCGCUUGAUCCACCAAGGCCUACUGGAUCUCCCAGUUGUCAAGCAUCUUAACUUUUUUUUUUUCCUAUUGCCAUACUAACCUUUGUGUCCUGGGCCUUCCCCAUUGGCAGAGUGAGGCCACACUCAAACUGGAGGAACAGCACCUUGUAUUCUGUUUGGGUAGUUAACAGGUAUAAUCCGACAGUAUGAACAUUGAAUUCUCCAAUUUUAGGUAAUUACAAAUUGGAACUCUCUGUUCCCCCAUUCCCGCCCCUCUGUCUCCUA